AUGGCGCCGGAGGUGGUGGUAGUUGAGGAGGGGAACCAGCAGCAGGAGGAUGCGCCGCCGCGGCCGCGGCCGCCGCUCGCCGUGGAGGCGCUUCGGGACAAGAUCGUCGAGAAGGUGAAGGCGAGCCGCGUCACGCUGAUCGUGGGGGACACCGGAUGCGGGAAGAGUUAUCUGGUUCCCCAGUUCCUCUUAGAGGAAAAUAUGGAACCUAUCCUGUGCACACAGCCUAGAAGGUUCGCAGUGGUAGCCAUUGCUCGUGCGAUAGCUGAGUCUCGCAAUUGGCAGCUUGGCGAGGAGGUUGGAUAUCAUAUAGGUCACUCAAAUGUGUCGGAUCUCAACUCUAAAAGGUCAAAAAUUGUGUUCAAAACAGCCGGUGUAGUAUUGGAGCAAAUGUGUGAUAGAGGAAUUGCUGCAUUGAGGUAUAAGGUCAUUAUUCUUGAUGAGAUUGCUGAUAUUCUCAAGAUAAAUUCCCAAUCGCUUUCAACAAAAUAUUGCUCUGGUCUGGAUGCUUCUGCUGAUGCUGAAAUAAACUAUGAUGUUUAUGAACUUAUCCACAAGUUAUUGUUGCAUAUACACCAAAAUGAACCAGACGUUAGCAAGAGUAUUUUGGUUUUCCUCCCUACACACUAUGCAUUGGAGCAGCAAUGGAUCCGUCUAUUUCCUUUUAGUUCAACCUUUAAGGUACAUAUUCUUCACCGGAGUAUUGACACUGAUGAAGCACUUCAGACUAUGAAGAUCUCAAAGUCUUGCCGAAAGGUGAUACUGGCUACAAACAUUGCUGAAUCAUCAGUUACUAUACCAGGAGUUGCAUAUGUUAUUGAUUCUUGUAGAUCAUUGCAAGUCUACUGGGACCCAAUUAGGAAAACAGACGCAGCUGGGCUUGUUUGGAUUUCCAAGUCUCGGGCUGAGCAGAGUAAAGGCAGGACAGGUCGAACCUGUGAUGGUCAAAUUUAUAGUUUGGUAACUGGAACAUUUUAUAGCAGUUUAAAUGAUCAUGAAUAUCCCGCCAUUUUGAGAUUAUCCUUAAGGGAGCAAGUGCUCAUGGUUUGUUGUGCAGAGCCCAGAUUGAUAAAUGACCCUAGCGCACUUCUGCAGAGGGUUCUUAAUCCACCAGAUCCAGAUGCUAUUGAAGAUGCACUAGAAUCACUUGUUCAAAUUCAUGCGUUGGAGAUUACAAAUUCUGGACGCUAUUUGCCAUUGUCAUUUGAUUCUUCUGUUCUUGCCCUUAAAUUUUGUGAGCUUGGCGCUGUCCAUGAAGGAAUUCUAAUAAGCAUCAUGUUGGACAUCCAGCCACUUCCUAUCGUGCAACCUUUUGGCUAUCAAGCACUGCGCCAGAAGUACAGAGAUAAUUAUUUCAAGGGAAAUGGCAGUGUACAAAUUGGCAAAAAGGAAGCUACUACCAUGGGAAAUCUUUGUGCAUUUCAAUUUUGGGAGCGUGUUUUUAAGGACAAGCACCGUCUGGAAUAUCUAAAAGAUGUGGCGAAAACUCGAGAACCAGAAGAAUCACAUACCUUCCUUACUAAACCUGAAGAGGAGUGGUGUGCAGUUCACAAUCUCGUCCCUGCAGCGUUUAAGAACGUCUCUGAAAUUUAUGAUGAUGUUAUGAUGCAACUGCACCGUUUUAGGCCAAGUUUUCUUGUCAAAAUCAAUCCUCCAAAGUUUCUUCAGCCUUCUGAAUUCAACCACACGUGUCUCUGUCAUAAAAUACUGGAUCUAGAGGUGGAUAUGGAUCCACUCUCGUUAGAGGCCGAGAAUUCUCACAGCGAUUCGCAGAAGCGAUGUGCUGCAACUCCAUAUGUUUCGCCAACUGAUUUUGGGACCAGUACCAUUGUUGAAUUGCUGAAGACACUUGUCAAGGAGGGUUGUCGAAGUGGUAACUCUUGUCCAUACUCACAUGAUUUUGGCUCCUUGGUUUCUGCACCUGUCACAUCUGGAGUAUGCUCUCAAGAAGGCGGAGCCACCUCAUUGUGCUGUACAAGGUUGCUUCCUGCUGAUGGAGAUGGGUAUAUUCUUGUCAUGAAUGAUAAAACCCUGGAGUUCUCUAGUAAGCUUAGCCAGUUUUAUGAUGCCUGUAAGAUUGUUGCUGGUACACCUGGUCUUCAGUCUGCUGCGUCUUAUUCGGUUCCAAAGGGCCUCAAGAUACUCGAAAAAUUGGCUGAUCCAUCUAGUCUAAUCACUGGGCUUGAGCAUAAAUUACCAGUUCCUUGGACACAACUUAAGCGAGUUUUUUGGUUCGCUGACUUCGAUAAUGAUGAGUCAGACAGUGAGCAGGCUCUCUUGCAUAAGUUCUUCGCGGAUAUUGCCAUCAAGAUUUUGUCAGAAAGGCUGUCUGACCUGCAGGUCAUCUUGAUCAUGAAAAACACAAGAUAUAUUCAGUUACAGGUGGAAAGAUUGGCGAGAGAAUGCUACUUUUUCCUCAGCGAAUCGUUUAUGUUUGAUGAAGCAACUCUAGGAUGGUUCUCAGAUAUCUCCAGGCACCCAAGAGGGAUGCAAGUGGCAGCACCAGUCACCUACGUCUUCAACAUGCAUCCUCCCUCCACUACUCAGUUUGGGGAUUAUCCAGCGGAACUUCGGGAGGCUUUACGCAGGGAUUAG